ACUGUCAAUUUUUGAAUCUUAAGGACCAUGUGAGUUCUGAAUUGUCACUGAAUUAAAUGUUUAUCUUUUAGUUUUCAAUUAUACGAUUAAAAAUGCAACAAGCUCAUCGUUCUGGAAACUUGAAACAGAGCAAUAAAGUUCAUAAAUCUCGUCAUAGAUCAAAGCGGGGUAUUUCAGCAGCAGUAAAAGGUAAAGUGAAUGUUAAAGAAAUUGUCCGUCGAAAUCGUCAUAUACUAAAAAAAGAUGAAAGACGUCAUCAAGCAUUACAAAUUCGUAAAAAUAAACGCGAAGAAGUACUGUCAAAAAAACGUGCGCUUGGUGGAAAUAGGAACCCUCCGUUCCUUGUGUGUGUCGUGCCGCUUAAUGCGCAACUGGAUGUGCAAUCAGCAUUAGUUAUAUUAAAGACAUGUUCUGAAGGAGCUGUUGUUAGCCAGUCCUCAAAUGGUAUAUUGCACAUUGGUUUACCUAAUUUCAAGCAACGCUUUUCAUUUCUUUGUCCUGAGAUAGAUAAUGAAUUCAGUCUUCUUGAUGCUUUAAAAAUUGCCGACACAGUCUUGUUUGUUAGCUCUGCUCUCGAUGAACCAGUUGAUGACUGGGGAGAAAAAGCUUUAGCAUUAGCUAUGGCUCAAGGCAUGCCCACUCCCAUAGUAGUGGCUAUGGAUAUUGAAGGAGUUCAUCCUAAGAAAAGAACAAGUGAAAAGCAAAAUGUACAGAAACUUGUAUCAAAAUGGUUACCAGAAGAAAAAAUUAUGCAGUUAGAUAAGAAUUCUGAUGGUUUGAAUGUACUACGUAGAAUUGGUAACCAAAAAAGAAAUAUUAUACAUCAUAGAGAAAAGAGACCUUACAUGUUGGCUGAGGAAGUUGAGUAUGCACCAGAUGCAGAAGGUGAUAGUGGAACAUUAAAAAUAAGUGGCUACUUACGUGGCAUGCCUUUAAAUGUAAAUAGUUUGAUUCAUGUAACUGGUUUGGGGGAUUUCCAAAUGUCUCAAAUUGAUGGACUUGAGGACCCACAUCCUUUAAAUCUGAACAAGGAGAAUACUAAAUCAGAUACAAUGGAUGCUGAAGUUACUAAGGUAUCUGUAUUACAAGUAGCCGAUCCAAAUAAGCAAGAGUCUUUAGUGUCAGAAAAUAUUCCAAAUCUAAUGGAAGCAGAGCAAACAUGGCCAACUGAUGAAGAAAUCAAACAAGCUAAUAUUGAUACUAAGAAAAAAGUAAAGAAAGUGCCGAAGGGUUGGUCAGACUAUCAGGCAGCUUGGAUUGUUGAGUCUGAUGUCGAAGGUGAUGGUUCUGAAGGAGACAGUGAAAACGAAGAUGACGAUGAUGAGUUUAUGUCAUGUGAAGAAGAUAAUUCCGACCAAGAGGCAAAUGAAGCUGAUAAUGAUUUUGAAUCUGUUACUGAAUCUGAGGUUGGUCUGACUGAUGAAAAAUAUGAUGCUACAAUCGACAGUUUUGAAGAACAUGAAAUGCUAAAAAAAUUAGCUGCUGCUAGAGAAGACCAACAGUUUCCAGAUGAAGUUGAUACACCACAAGAUGUACCAGCAAGAGAGAGAUUUAUGAGAUACAGAGGUUUAGAAUCAUUUAGAACCUCAGCCUGGGAUCCUAAAGAAAAUCUUCCAGAGGAUUAUGCUAAAAUAUUUCAAUUUGAAAAUUAUGAUAGAACAAGGAGACGAGUUUUCAAAGAGCUUGAAGAAAGUCUUGUUAACAUGUAUGGUUUCUACAUAACAAUUCAUGUAAAAGGUGUGCGACAAGAUUUGUGGAAAGCAUUUACUGCUGCCAAUCCUAAUGCACCAAUAUCAGUGUUUGGUCUUCUGCCUCAUGAACAUAAAAUGUCAUUAAUGAAUGUAGUUUUAAAACGCACUGGAGUUAGUGAUGAGCCAAUAAAAAGUAAAGAGAGACUUAUAUUUCAAGUGGGAUAUAGAAGAUUUAUUGUCAAUCCAAUCUUCAGUCAACACACAAAUGGAAGUAAACAUAAGUAUGAGCGAUUCUUCCAGCCCGGAUCUACGUGUGUGGCAACAUUUUAUGCACCUAUUCAAUUUAGUCCAUCAACAGUUUUAUGUUUCAAAGAAAAGAAAAAUACAAAACUACAACUAGUUGCAUCAGGUGUUCUAUUAUCAUGUAAUCCUGAUAGACUUGUAAUAAAGAGGAUUGUUCUGUCUGGUCAUCCAUAUAAGGUUCACAAGAAAUCAGCAGUUAUAAGAUUUAUGUUCUUUAAUAGAGAUGAUGUGGUUUACUUCAAACCUUGCAAGUUAAGAACUAAAUAUGGACGCACUGGUCACAUUAAGGAACCUCUAGGAACACAUGGUCACAUGAAAUGUGUAUUUGAUGGUCAGCUGAAAUCUCAAGAUACAGUACUUCUAAACAUGUACAAGCGCAUGUUCCCUAAAUGGAAUUAUGAAGACUGUAUUGUCACUGACAGGGAUUGGAAAGGAAGUGAUGUUCUAAUGGAAUAACUUUCUGUAUAUAAAUAAAGAUGUAUUAUUAUAUAAA